AUGGUCUCAGAUGCACUGUCCGCCUCUGCAUAUGUUUUAUACAGCUGGCGUCGCGGAGUGAUUGAUGAAUAUACCUAUCUGGGAGGUCGAGAACGACUAGCCGUUGGAACCAUCAAGUCUUGUAGCACCUGGGUCUUAUCAGGUAAAACUCCUGUUGCCAACUUUACCGAGAUCAUAUUGUAA